CAUGAAAGCUACCAUUUUAUGGAGUUUCUUUUGUACUAUGCUGAUCGCUUACGAAUGAUAAAUAAACCUAGACAUGCCAUCAAAAGUCAUCGCUUGCCAAAUGACUAAUAUCCCAGAACAAGACGCGUGCAAGAGUGUGCCUGAGGGAGGUGCGUGCGCGAGAUGCUCUAUAAAUGGCAGUCACGAACUUUAGUUUUUCCUGCAGUUGUUUGACAGUAAUUCCGGUGAGGACAUGAAAUGCGUGACAGACAUUGCUCUCGUUCUGACCUUCGCCUGUAUCGUGCAGCAGUUCGCACAGGUGAACAGCCUGAGAGACAGAGGGAGGAGAGCGCACACAGAUGGGAAGGGGAAGAGAAGGGGUCAGCAGAAUGCAAGUGGCCUGAAAGGAAGGUUCUCGCUGAAGGACGGAGCGCGGUGCUCGUGGCGCGCGGCGCGCGGGGAUGAUGUGUUUGUAUUGGGAGUCACGUGUAAAACUGGGGCAAAGACUUUCGGCUGCGAAUAUGUAGCGAAGCCCACAGCAUGUCAACAAUUCGCAUCCAAUACCAAAGCCUACUGGAAACAGAUCUCCCGUUCUCUGAAAAAGCAGAGAAGAUUGUGUCGCGACUCUACGGCGAUGGUCAAAGCCGGUAUGUGCCGGAGAGCGCCCACGGAAGCGCACUUCAGACUGAAGGACACGCGGCCCUCCUCCAGAGUCCCGUUACCGACAACCGCGGGGAAUAAUCACUGUCCUGACCGGAUCGAGAGGCUGAGAGUGGCCGAAGAAUACUGCAGCAGCGCCUGGUCUUCACUGUGUACAUUCCUCUUCUUGAUGCUUGAGAAUGAUGAAUGCUCGUGAUUGACUUUGAAAAGACUUUUUCAAGGCAAUUUUAUAUUAUAUUAACUUCUGAAUUAAAUUAACUUCUUGCACUACUUACACUUUUUUCCUAUUUUGUGAUUCAUUAUUAGCACUUUAAAUGAACUUUACUUAAAUAUGGCCAAUAUCCA